AUUGUCCGAUCUGAUGAGCAGGAACAAGAAUUUGAGUACUUGCAGAAAGCAGUAUGGCAAUAUCAUGACAAGUAUCGUAAAAUAUUCGGAAGUCCUGAUGAAGCCAACAACACUAAAUUGCCAACGGCGGAUUCCCUGACCUGUUCUAGAAUUUAUGACGAUGACUUAUUUCCUGGAAUAUGUAAUCAUAUAGAAAAAUGUAGAAGUGAUCCUAGUGCUUGCAAACUGAAUGUAUCACACACGAAACCUACAUCUCCAACGCCUUUGUCCGUUAAUUCAUCAGCCUCCAACGAUGUUCCUCAAAAAAAUAAAACCAUAAUAUUCCGAGCUCCUGGAGCAGGUCGGAGUAGAGGCCUUACCAUAAUGACUGACACUUUGCGAUGCGGUGAAAUACCGACAGAUUCAUUCAAAGGGUUGAGGGUUCAUGUUCAUGGCUCUGACGAGUUCCCAGCAGUCGGAGAGAAAGGUUUUAUUGUUGGUCCGGGCAAGGAAACUCAGGUGGGCGUGACAGCAAUUGAUACGUACAGUGCAGACGCUCUCAUGAUUUUCCGUAAGGAGAAUCGACAAUGCGUGUUUGGUGACGAGGUGAAGCUGACCUACAACAAGCUGGACUACAGCAGAUCCUCCUGCGUUAUUGAAUGUGAAGAUUAUUUGGUUCACAAAGAUUGCAACUGUGUUCCUUACUUUUCUCCAGCUGCUGCGAAUUAUUCAAUAUGUGGCAUGAAGAAAAUGAUAGACUGCGUGCACAGAACCUUGAACGAAAUUCAACAAGGAGGUAAAAGGAGCACAUCAUUUAAACUGGGCCGAACUAACGGUAAACUUGAGAAAGGUCCAGGAAGCUCCCUGUUUAACUUUGAACAGGUAAAAUUGAAGCAAGAAAAGUCUUGCAUUGACCUUUGCCUCCCGAAAUGUAAUGAGACGUUUUACAAUAUUGUCGUGAGUACUGCAACGUUCCCGAACCAAAAUGAUCCCAAUAAAACCAAGCUGCUACGAGAGGCAAUUGAUGCGGGGUUUGAAAAUCUUGCAGACAUUAACUACGUGAGUGGGAGCAUUAGUUUGCUACGAGUCUUUUUCAGAGAGUCCACUAUUAUGCAAUACAAACGAGACGAGCUGUUCACUUGGGAGGAUUUCAUUUCCAACUUGGGGGGUGUCAUGAGUUUGACUCUUGGGUUCAGUUUAUUGAGCUUGAUCGAAGUGAUUUACUUUUUCACCAUGAGACAAAUAAUUGACAGACUUAAACAGAAGAAGCAGAUACAACAAAAUAUGAAUCAAGUGAUCAUUCCAUCGAUCUAUGUUACCAAAAGUGUUCAGAAUAAUAAGUCGGAAAUUUUUGGAUUGGCUUAGUCAAAAUAGGUAGAUAAAUAUGUAAGAAUUAUAUAAAAAUGGUAUAGUCAAAAAUAAUUAUUGAGUGUAUCAAAGAGAAUGCAAAUAACUAGAAAACACAGUACAAUUGUGAUUAUUAGUCGUAACAAAUUUUCUUGACCCAAAUCCAUGUCGUGGAAGUGGAGCCAUCCAUAUUUUGGAUAUUUGAAGUUGAUUUGAGAUCAUAGUCGAAUUUUACGAGGGUGUUAAAAACGAUAUUGGCAGCACUCAUGAAUGGUUCCGUGGAGGUUGUGUGGUGUUCCAAUUUGUUUUGUCGAGAGAACGACAGGCAGUAACUGCAGUUGCAGCAAAGUUUGUACACUUUCAAUGAAGAAAUUUGGUCAGAAAUUAUUACAGAUGAGACGAUCCACAAAUUUGGAGAAAGCUAGUUGGUUGAUGGUGGGCUUGACUUUCGGUUCUUUCGCAGACAUAAUUAGAUCGCCGUCUAUGUACACAAAUAAGAUAAAUAUCUUUAUUGCAAAAUAACGCAUCAAAAUGUAAUUGUGAUGAACUUACAUAAUAGUUAUAACACCCAUUACUUAUAUGUAGUAAAUUGUAACCGAAAACCAAUGACUUUUACUUUCACCAUAACUUUAUAACACAACAGUCUCAGGAAAUGACUCCACGGAAUCACAUUAAAUGUGAUGAUUCACUGAUGAUUAAUAAAAUUGUUAUUUGUUUUAA